AUGUCCUUCUCUUUCCCUUACAGUCAAUACGUUAUACGUCAAGCUGUGGCAUGCAACGAGGGCCACCUCUUCUGCCGUACCUUCCUGCGACAUUGGAUAAAUGCGCAUGGACACCCAAACUGCCCUGUCGGAAGGCAGCCCCUCCAAGCCUCUGACGUCAGAGGCAUAAUUACUUUCGACAGGGUAGUCGAUUCCCUUGAAGUUUACUGUUCAAGAAGAAUGGACGGGUGUAAUUGGACGGGCGCACUAGAGAAGAUCUCCGGUCAUCAGCAGCAAUGCCUCCACGAGCCCGUCCAAUGCACCCACCGUGGCUGUUCACAGACGUUCCCUCGCUGUGAGAUGCAAAGGCACGCCGGCGAAUGCGAAAUGCGUCCCCAAGUUUGCGGGUACUGCGGAGUUACGCUGCCCUUCCGGCAGUACCACGACCACCAGGAGCUGGCAUGUCGGAAGGCCCCUGUAAUGUGCCCGUUCAAUUGCAAUCUGGUUUCCAUACCCCGGUAAGUACUAGUCUCAUGCAAUCUCUCCUACUAUUAGGCGCAAAAAGCCCUGUCAAAUAUUGUUAAUAUUAAUUAAUUUACUUAAAACUUUAUAUCUCUAACCUGAAACAACAACACGAAGACAAAAGGCGUAAAGAAAAGGAAAUUCUCUCUUCCAGGGACCAAUUAAACAGGCACAUUGCCUCCGCAUGUACCCGCGCAUUCGUUACCUGUCCAUUCCCGGUGUGCAACGAUGUCUUGCGAAGAGAGGAUCAAGCGAGACAUGAGGCAGAUAACGCGCCGAGCCACUUGCAGCUGCUGCUCGCAGAAAGGAGGGCGAACCAGUUAAACGAAGUAAGUAAUAGCAAAAGAAAUAUUUGAUUGCCACAAAUUAUUUAACCGCAAUAGUUUCACACAUAGUGUUUACAACUGAGGGUGUAAAUGAACAUAGCCUGCGAGCAAGCUCUCCUAUUUGGACAAGCGAAGCGAUUUUCGCGAGAACGUGCGAGCGAGCGGCGAAGCCGCGAGGGGCAGAGGAUCGGAAAGGCAGGAGAGCUUGCUCGCGGGCUAAAAUGAACAUUUUAUCCACUACACUUCAGGUGACACCACCCAUGACUCCGGGAAGAGUGGCGACGUUCCAAUGGAACAUCACGGGUUUCGAGGAGCAGUCAAACUCCGUGGGCCGGGCAGUGGGCAUAAAGAGCCCUUUGUUCGCAGGCCAAUUCAGGGCGAUUAUAGUGCCCAAGAUGUCCACUGCCGGGAACAAGGGUUUUUCUUUUAAAACGCAGAAACGGAUCCCGUGUUCCUCAACUUAA